ACGUACUCUCAAGUCAGCUUCCUUUGCCGCCCAUGUUCACCCCCCAGGCUCCAGCGGCACACCCUUUCUUAUUACUACUGCUUAAAAGCACAGUAAUCGACGAAUCGACUCCUUUCGCGCGUGUAUUAUUCAACGACCAAAAUAACUUCCCUAUACCAUUUGUGUAUCUCAGCCCACAACAUGGCGUCAUCUGUGCCUUCCUCACCUGAUCUGCUACUUGCCUACUUUUCUAUUCCUUAAAUAAGGUUUGAGUCCUAACGUCAUGAGAAAGGCGAUUUCAUUGGCUUCCAUCACCACAAAGUUUUUGAAAAUCAAAUUUCUUUUCUUAAGUGGUCCAAGAUUCCAGUGUUCAUUUUCUACUGAGAAUUGUCUUUAUCAUGUUGAAAAUAUCAAACACUCCGGACUCAUAGAGUUACUUCAAGAACCGUUAACAUGGGUUCAAAUUCAUUCCCUUAGUGUAACCAAGUCUCUUCAUGCACUCAUCAUCAAAAUUGGUUUUACCGUGGAACAAGUUGUUUUCCCUCUCAACAAUGUCUUAUCCAAAUAUGUCCUUUAUGGCGAUGUGAAUGGAGCUCGAGGUUUGUUUGAUGAAAUGACACAUAAAAAUACUGUGUCUUACAAUACUAUGAUUACUGCGUAUAGUCAAUAUGGGAAUGUAAGUGAAGCUUGGAAGCUGUUUUCUGAGAUAAGGAGGUGUGGAUUUGACCCCACUCAAUUUACUUUUGGGGGGCUGUUGUCGUGCAAGUUCUUGAAUUAUUAUCAAGUGGCACAAUUGCAUGCACUGAUUGAAAAGACACCAUUGUUUCAUACUAAUGCUUUUGUAGGGACCUCAUUACUGACCACACUUGGAAAAUGCGGGUGUAUACAUGAGGCCUGGCAGAUUUUUAAGAGCAUGCCUCGAAAGAAUUUGGUUACAUGGAAUUCAAUGAUUGUGUUGUUCGGACAACAUGGAUAUGUUGAAAAUUCGAUGAAAAUGUUCAUUGAGAUACUUAGAGAUGGAAGGGGUUUAUCCGAGGCCACGUUUGUUGGCCUUCUGUCUUGUUUUGUGGGGUUAUCUUAUGUGGAAUUAGGAGAACAGGUGCAUGCAGUUGCACUGAAGUAUGGAUUGGACAUCACAAUUUCAGUUAAGAAUUCUUUAGUCAACAUGUACGCAAAAUGUUUUUGCGCAAAAACUUCGAAUAAAAUGUUUGAGGAAGUGCCCAUGAAGGAUAUUAUUUCGUGGAACAUAAUAAUUGGAGCAAUGGCAAACAGUGAUUCACCAGACAAAGCAUUGAGUGCUUUCGUGGAAAUGUAUGCGAAUGGGUUCUCCCCAAAUGAAAUCACUUUCAUUAAUGUCCUUAAUUCAUGUUCUAGGCUAAAGAGUAUAUCUGAUGGAGAAGCUUUGCAUGCACAACUUUUCAAGAAAAGGCUUGAAAUUGAUGUAAGGGUUGGCAGUGCUGUAUUAAGCUUCUACGUAAAAUGCGACAAAUUGGAAGAUGCACAUCGUUGUUUCAAUGACAUAUGUGAAAAGAAUAUAGUUUCUUGGAACACGUUGAUUCUAGGAUAUUCAAAUAGAGGAUCUCUAGAUUCCUUUUUGCUUUUGCGGGAAAUGAUACGCCUAGGUUGUUAUCCAAAUGAUUUUUCAUUUUCUAUUGUCAUGAAGUCAUCAUGCAUAACAGAAUUAGUGCAGCUUCAUUCGUUGAUGGUAAAGACAGGUUACCUUGAGUAUUCUUAUGUAUUAAGCUCUCUUAUAUGUGGAUAUGCCAAAAAUGGCUUACUAUCAGAUGCACUGAACUCCAUAGAUUUUAAUGGCACACCAUUUGAUGUUGUCUCAACUAAUGUGAUGGCUGGAAUAUAUAACAGAUCCCGUCAGUAUGAUAAGACUAUGGAGUUGUUUUCCGCACUUGAGGAUCCUCCUGACAUGAUAUCUUGGAAUAUUUUGAUUGCUGCUUGUUCCAGAAUUGGGUAUCACAUAGAGGUUUUUGACCUAUUUCGACACAUGCAGAGAACUGGUGUCUUUCCCGACAAUUACACAUAUGUUAGCCUAUUCAGUAGUUGCACUGCACUAUGCAACUUGGGGUUGGGCAGCUCUCUUCAUAGCCUACUUAUUAAAAACGAUUCUAAUUCGUGCGACACAUUUGUAUGCAAUGUCAUGAUUAACAUGUAUGCAAAAUGUGGGAACCUUGAUAGUUCAAUAAAGAUAUUUAAUGGCAUCACCAAAAGUAAUGUCAUUUCAUGGACUGCUAUUAUUUCAUCACUUGGCCUACAUGGAUAUGCUUAUCAAGCAAUAGAGAAAUUUUAUGAGAUGAUAAUGAAUGGUAUUAAGCCUGAUACGGUGGCCUUCAUGGCUGUUCUUUCAGCUUGCAGGCAUGCUGGGUUGGUUGAACAAGGGAUGUCAUUGUUUAAGGAAAUGAAUUCCAAGUAUGGGGUUGAACCAGAAAUGGAUCACUAUGUAAUUGCUGUUGAUUUGUUAGCAAGAUGUGGUCGUCUUGUAGAAGCAGAAGAGCUCAUCGAUAAGAUGCCUUUCCCUCCUAAUGCUUUGAUAUGGCGCACUUUCCUUGACGGCUGCAAGAGGAAAAGAGCCAUACUAAGCUCUUAAAGCUAUUGAAUUCACAUUUUGAAGAUCUGUGAAACUCCGUAAAGAGUUUACCAUGUCACCCCCAACCGAAACAUCUUGAUCUCUUACUUUGAAGGAAUUGUUAAAAGCUGUGGUCGGCUUUAUAGACGUUGCGGGACUAUUUUUCAUUGAUGCACUUGACUCACAGGAAUGUUUCUCAGAAUCACAAGUUCCAAGCUGCUAGACUUAGCAGGUGAUAGGGAUAAAGCACAUGUUCUUGUACAUUGUAUGAUAGGAAAAAGCAGGUGCUGCCUAGAACUAGAAUGAAACAUCCACCAUUUUGGAAGAGGUCAGUCCGGCAAUCAGAUAUCUUAACCUGCUAAAGGAGCUUUAUAUGAGUUAGUGACAGGAGGAAAGUUAAAACCAUAUGGCCUGAUGACCGUAAUUGUUGAGGCUGUAAUCUUCUCAUUAUUCUGCUCUGGUCUACUCUUCUCCUCCACGAACAUAGGAUUAUUGUGUAUAGCAAUGCAGAGCACGACAUAAGUGUCAACACAUUUUCUCUCCAAGGAUGAUUGUUCCGGGUGGCAUGGCCGAUGAGGGGCAUCAGGAGGUGUCAAAAGACCGAAAGAUCGUCGAACUACCGAAGCCUCCUCAAAGAGAACUCGCUCCUGGAGGCAGAGUCUGAAUCGAUCAUCCUGGAGCAUCGACGAGAUGGAGUGGUGAAGGAAAUAUACACACGGGGAAUGGAGAAAAGUCUGGACAAUAUCGAACGCAACCUGGGGGAGAUGAGAACUAUGCUGGUCGAGACGUGGGAAGGAACGAGAGGAGCAACCUGGGGGAGCUCCUAUGCAAGUUCCCUCAUUCUGUCAGCAGUAUGUCUGUCGGUGGCAACCUUCCUCUGAUGAUACAUUCACCAAUGGCCACAAGGACAAGGAACGAGAGGAGAAAUCAACAGCUGCCGCUGAACCUGAAGCUGGCGAAAUUGUUCAAUGCCUCACUCGUAACACUUCCUCUAAGUACGAGUUCGUUAAUUCAGAAUUGGAAACCAAUAUAUUCAAGCAUAUUCUGCUUGAAAACAUUCCAUCGAUGACCCAAGGGGUUUGGACAGAGGAUCUAUCUCCACAAAUUGAAGCAACUACACAAGUCAGAAAGCUGUGGUCGAUUGAGCGUAGCCCUCCAAUUGAUGAGCACAAGUGUGACCUAAUCAACAACAAGCACCAUAUAGUAUUUGUAAGCAGCACUGGCAAUGAGGAUCAGUAUUGACAACUAUGGGUGCACCUGGGGGUACUACAUCAAGCGUUAUAAGAGUUGGUGCAUAUGUUUCCCCUGCUAUGGCUGCUGCGGCUCACUUGUUGGCUCAGUAUCCUUCUGAAGGCCUUCAGUGGACUAGGUCCAUUAUAGGACCAACUGCUGAUGGAGAUGUUGGGGUCUCAAUAAGUGCUCUUGGGGGGUCUGUGGCUCCUGUUCCUACAGGGACCCUUCCACGACGCCAGUUGAUGAAUGGAAAAUUCAUGUCAUCUAAUGGAUUAGGAAGCCGUGAGAUAUCCAUCAUUGACUUUGAGAUUGGAUUUCCUGGCAUCAACGCACCAAAGAGGAAGUUAGCUGGGCAUCUUACUGUCAUGAAGAAGUUCUUGCACUUCUCUGGUGAAUUUUAGUGGAAGAUACUGGUGCAUCAUUGGUUUUUAAGAACUUACUUAGGGCCCGAAUUGUGGUAAAUAUCACGUAUCACCCCCAAUUGGGAUGAUACCGUUCGAGGGAGUUUAUGGGUGACCACCGCCAAUACUCAGAUCAUAUUCUAAAGAUAAGACCUUCCUAGCAGCGGUUGAUGUCCAACUCUCCGCUUUCGGACAAUUCACUAAUACAUGUUUCAUGUGUGAAGCGUUAAUCCAAUGGGCCUCUCUGAAUUCCGAGGAGGCAACAUGGGAACCAGUGGACGCAUUGCGAAAACAAUUUCCCACCUUCAACCUUGACUCUUCAGUUAUGCCUGAGAUAGGUAAGGCUGAACAGGAAGGUGGAAGUCAGAAACAGGAGCUGCUGGUGUCAACAACACUUCCUAAUGAUGACUUGGUGAAGAUUUUUAUUGAUGCUUUGUCUUCUGGCCUGUGCUCUUGGUCUUAUUUACGUAAAGGAAAUGCUACAUCUAGUAACUCUGGAGGUUCUUGGUUGGGAAGCUCUACUUUUAUACCUGAUCAGCAGACUGGCUCUUCAUACAAUAGUUUUCCAUGCAGUGAUGCUGUUGGGAGGCUCUUACGAAAGGGAAAGAUGGACUCCUUGUAACUGAUCUUUGGGAGCAGAAGUUGGUUACACCUCAGAGUUUGCUGCCCCAGCUGUUUGGAUUAAGCAGGCAAGAGAAAGAGCAUAUAAUUGUGCUUAUCAGCAUAAGAGCCUAAAUGUUGUUCUUCUCAUUCCCUUUACAUCGGUGUUCAAAGAAGAGCCAGGGGUUUCCAUGAUUAAACUGAACGUUUUAGAACAAGCAUCAGUUAAGGUAAUCAAAGUUGAGGAAAAACUAGCAGGAGGUUGGGGUGAUGAGAAUGCAAAGCAAGUGAGUGGAUACUGCUAUUUGCUGGUGGACAGUGAUUGAUGAAUCUCAAGAGUUUCACAUCUCGAAGAAGUAUCAACUCUGACUCAGGACUCCUUAAUGGCACUGACCAAGCUCCGGGAAGAGGUUUAUCUGGAACGAAACAGAUCAAAGUGAGAGGAUCCAAGCAAUGAAAAGAUGGUGAAAUGUCUGAAAGUUGAAAAGCAAGCAGGGAGGUACUGGGAAGGAAGAGGCACAAGGAUAAGCUGGUUGCAAGGGCUGUCUCCUACCUCCCACCUUGAGGAGAAGGUGUUUGCCCAAGGACAGAGUGAUGAUAAGAACCCGGCAGAAUAAAGCUUUUAAUCAUAAAAUAGAGGCCUGGGUUAGACUAGUGUUAUUAAUAAUAAUAGUAUGAAUAGAAGCUAAGUAAGGAGUAAGAGGCAGGCAGAACUUGGGACUGGAAAUAGGCUUGGGGGAGGGAGACUACUCUAAGUGUCUCAAACUUGUCUUCUCUUUCUAUUUUUCCGUUUACGAAGGUUUCCCUAUUGUUUUCCGCCAUUGUAAUACCUGAAGGUUCUCAGAUUUUCAUCAAUAUAUUACAAAGUUUCUGCUGC